AAGCAAUAAAACAUUGUGAAAAGGUUUUACAAUUUGAGGCCGAUAAUUAUAACGCAUAUGUGUUUCUCGGAAUUUCGCAUUUAAAUUUGCAACGACUCGAUGAAAGCAAACAGGCUUAUCUUCGUGCUAUUGAAAUAAAUGCAUCACAACCGCUUGCUUGGCAGGGCCUUGCAAAUUUUUAUGAAAAACAAGAAGAUUGGACAAACCUGGCAGAAACUUGGGCCCAAUUAUUGAAAAUAUAUAAUGAAAGUAAAGAUGGACAGAAAACUUUAGAUCUUAUUAAUAAACUCCUGGUCUCAACUCUAAAAUAUUAUUUACCAUUGAGUCCCUUCUAUGAAACUGUUCGGAACCUUAAUAAUUUACCAUCACAAACACAAAUAUUACUACAAAUAAUUGAGUUAUUGGAAAAAGAAGAAACAGAAAAGAUUCAUCACGAAAUUGAAACUAGAAGAAAAAGACUUUACGCUGGUUCGCAGGCUAGCAUUAAAGCCCAAGUUGAAAGCGAAGUUUAUAGUAAUUCUGAAUUGGAAAAUUUUUAUGACUCUUUAUUAGAAAUUGCGGAU